AUGCCAGCACGUAAACCAACUGCUCGCUACUCGUUGUACCGUAGUUUUGUCGAUGCUUAUAUGAAAGCACAUGCUGAAAAGCCACGAAAAAUAUCACACGCCGAAGCUCAAGCCGAAUGGAAUUCAGCGAAAACUGAUGAAAAAAAAGUUCAACAAAAACUUGAUGAAUACCUUGAAAAAAUCAAAGCGAAUGGCACAUCUACUAUGGAUGUAGAAGAAGAAAAUGUUAAUGAUAAUAGUGAAGAAAAAGAACCAGUAAAGAAAACCCGAGGACGUAAAAAGAAAACCGAAUCAACAAUUGAAUUUGAAAAUGGUGGUCGUGUUACAAAACGUCGUCGAAAACGAGAUGAAUCAUCGGAUCCAGAUUUUGAUCCUGCAUCACCAGCACCAAAAGGGUCUGAAAAAAUUCGUACAGCAGCUGAAAUUCUUGCUAAAAACACUAAAGCACCAGCACAAGAAAAAGUUUCCAAAGAACUUCAUGAAAUCAAUGAGCGUAUUAUACAAUUGGUUCAAGUUAAAAAUAUGGGCAUGGCAACAGCUGAACAAGAAAAGCAAUUGAAAAAGCUUUUAGUUGAACAAAAGAAAAAAUCAAAUGAUUUAAAACGUCUCAAAGCUGAACAAGCAGCAAAGAAGCGUUAUCGUGAAAUAAAAAAACGAAAAAUUGAAGCUUUAUGCGAAAAGAAUCCAGAAUUAGCUUUGGAAUUAAAUAAAAUCUAUCGACCUAUUAUCGGACGACCGCCAAUCGAAGAAGAAUGUCCAGAUUUAUUACAAAUUAUUGAAGAAAUUGCCAAAGUGGGUGGCGCUGCUGAUGAUAAUCGUCGUUCACAAACAAUACGUCCUUGUUUAACAUUGGAUGAUCUACGUGAAAAAAUAAAAGAACGUGGUUAUGAUAUUAAACGAUCAACACUUUACUAUCGUUUAUUACCACAUCGUUCAAAUUCAAUUGAUGGCAAAAAACAUGUCCGAACAGUUCCUGUACGUCUUCGAAAGGCUCAAAAUGAUGAACAUAGCAAACAUGAAGAUGGUCAUUUUGCAACAGCAACAAUUCGUUAUAUUAAAGAUUUAGCUGGUAUUUUUGGCAACGAAGUUGUUUUCUUCUUAUCGCAAGAUGAUAAAUGUAAAGUACCCAUUGGUUUACCUGCUGCAAAAAUUCAAGCACCGAUGCUUAUGCAUUUGGAUUAUCGUGUUCGUUUACCCGAUCACGACUGGACUGUUGCUCCUCGUCAUCAACUUACGCCAAGCGUUUAUGCUGCUUGUAUGAUGAGUGAUAAUAACGAUGUUGGCUAUUCGGGUCCAACUUAUAUUGCAAUUCGUUCGGCUAAACAUGAUCGCAGUGAUGCUAACAGUCAUACAUGCGAUUUCGAUCGUCUUGUUGGACUUAAAGAAUUCGAGAAAUCAGCUCGCGAUUAUACAGGACAAGUUAAACCAAUUGUUAUUAUUACAGUCGAUGGUGGUCCAGAUGAAAAUCCACGCUUUCCUAAAACACUCGUGGCUGCUAUAAGAAAAUUUCGAAAAUAUAAUUUAGAUGCUUUAUUUGUUCUUACGCAUGCACCAGGUCAAUCAGCUUAUAAUGUUGUUGAACGUCGUAUGGCACCACUCUCUCAUGAUUUAGCUGGUCUUAUUCUACCUCACGAUCAUUUCGGUACACAUUUAAACGAUUCUGGUGUCACUGUUAAUCCUGAAUUAGAACGAAUUAAUUUCAAAAAAGCUGGAGAAGUUCUAGCUGAAGUUUGGUGUGGAUCUGUUAUCGAUGAAUAUCCUGUUGUAGCUGAAUAUAUUGAUCCCCCUGCAUCAACUCAAGAAGAAUUACGGUCAAUUGAUGUUAACCUUAUUGUGAAUAAUCUUUUAGAUCGUGUAUGCGAAGAAGAAGAAGCUGAAGAAGCAAUUGAACGUCGUAUUCGACAAACCGAUGAAUAUUAUCAAGAUCGAGUUCGUGCUCCACGUUUCACAGCUGAUGGUGACUUAUUACGUGAUCCACCAAAAUAUGAUAUUGAUGAAUAUUGGUCUGCCACACAUGUUCUUCAGACGCAAUAUACAAUUCAAAUAAUUCGUUGUAAUUCAAUUUCAUGCUGUGGUCCAUGGCGUUCAAAUUAUAUUCAAAUUUUUCCUCAUCGUUUUCUUCCGGCACCAAUUCCAUUCGAACGUACGCCACGUGGUAUUGCAAUGGCUGAACGCGAUUAUCAAAAAGGUGUUUUCUAUGGUUCAUUAAUUCAGCGUAUACAAUUUCAUGGUGUUGUUAUGCAACAUACACAAAAUGAUAUAUUACCAUUUGAUUAUUGUUGUGCGAGUGCAAGAAAAGAAUUAAAGAAACGUGUUUGUCCUAUUUGCAAACAAUAUAUUCCAUCGGCAUAUCGUAUGAAAAAUCAUUAUAAAAUUCAUCAACAACAAUAUGCAUCGAACUGUCUUGAAUAUGAUGAAGAUUUGUUUUCAAGUGAAAAUGCUCUAGCAAAUGACGAGGAAGAUGCUGAAAUUCUCAGUUGUCAACGACCAUUACCAGGUGUAUCGGAUCCAUCCUCCAAUGGUGUUGUUAUUUUUUCGGAUAUGCUCGAUUGGUUGAAAUCUGAUUUUGAAGAACUUGAUCUCAAAGAACAAAUCGUCAAACGAGAAGAUAAAAAACACAUGCGCUAG